UGCAUCACAAAGUAACCCCAUGGAAGUGGCGAAGGAGACACGCUCCAUCCGCCUAUGAAACAGCACACCAUAACAUGAAAUUCACAUCAACAUCGCAAACUCUCACACACAACUUACACAUGCACACCCUUCCUUAAUUCUAACGAUUCCCCAACCACCCACGUUCUUCCCCUACGCCUCCCCCCACACAUAUAUUCACACUCCCCUGCCCCACACACCCACCUUAUAUCACAAUCCCCCUCCCCCCAAAUUCAUUCCCAUCCUCCAAAUUCAACGUCCUUUGGAACGCGUGUGAUUCGUAUAAAACAAACACACAUAUCACAUAAUGUUCCCGCAGAGUUUUAACAUUAGUGGCGGUGGUGCCGGGCUUGAACAACUGUUGCAGCCUCAUCACUUCCCAUCUCCAAUGGAACAACAACAACAACGUUCCAGGUGGAAACCCAGCGUCGAGGUGGCACCCAAUUGCCCUCGCUGCGCCUCCACCAACACCAAAUUCUGUUACUACAACAACUACAGCUUGUCCCAGCCGAGGUACUUCUGCAAAGGCUGCAGGCGAUACUGGACCAAAGGCGGCUCUCUCCGCAACGUCCCUGUCGGCGGUGGCUGCCGCAAGAACCGCCGCGGAAAAUCGUUGCAGUCGUCGUCGUCGCGGCAACAACGCGCUUCUAGCUUCGUUUCUGGGGACACAGAGUCAUCAUUUAGUGAUGCCCAACAGAUUAACAACGGGUCUCGUGAUAUAGACAUGGCUCUCGUGUUUGCAAAAUUCUUGAACCCAAAACCAACCACUGGUGAGGAUAACAAUGGCUCAUCUUCGACUUCCAACAAUUUUACACCGGAAAGUGUAGAAAUUGAGAAUGAUGCAGUGGUUCAGUCUCAGAAUAAGGCUUCAUCCGAUCCUGUUAUUGUAGAGUCUGAGAAUUUGAGUUUGGGUGAGAUUGAUGAGUUGGAGAGGUUAUUAGGUGUGUGUGGCGAUGAAGAUGGUCUUUGGUCUGAUGCUACCUUGUCUUCUUCGGUUACUUGGGAACCACCAUUGAAGGAGUUGGAAUACUCGAUGCCGUUGAAUGAGGAUGAUGAUGAUGCUCAAUUGUUACCCAUCAUCACUUCUGCAUCCACAAUGAUCAGCGACUCUUGCUGGAGUAAUUGGAGUUCUUUUGAUCUUUCAACCAUGGAAGCCUUCUCAUCAAGUCCUUCUUAAUCAAUUGGAUCUGAUUUUAAUUACAUUUACUUUUUAUUUAUAAGUUUAUGAUUUUCUUCUUAUUAUUUGUAAGAGAAGAGAAGAAACAGAGAGAGAAAGAGAGUUACCUUUUAUAUGUUCCUAUCGAUGAAGUUAAUUAAUUUUAAAAAAUUAGAAUGUUAUAGAAAUUGACUAUGCAUAGUGGAUGUAGAAUAAAGUUGUAUUUCGGCUGCGUAUAGGCCAUAUCAUGGAAAUGCAGUUGAAAUAUUAAGGAAUACUCUCGGAUCUGGAAUUGUGUUCACACGGCCAAUCUGUACCUUUUGGAAUAUACGAAUGAUAUAGAUACUAUAAAUUUGAAUA